CCCAGCCAUUUACCACAGAGCCCUGCUGAGUCCUGACCACAGCAGGAAUGCUUCUUCUGAUGCCUUUUAGACAUGCAACCAGUUCAUUGAGCAGGUCGAGGCUGAAGCUCCUGCAGGUCUUCACAGCGGCUGGUCGCUCUGGUGCAGGACAUACAGGACGGGUGGGAUGCUACAGGACAGUGAGCUCCAUUCCGCUGGGGGACGGCUGGUGGAGCAGAGAGACGAGACCGGCGUCUGAGGACUCUCGUAUUCAUCCAUUUAGAAUAGAAACUUCAGAUACAGAGAUUCAGGAUCUUCACGCGAGGCUGGACAGGGCCAGACUGUCUCCUCCUCUGGAGAACUCUGGCUUCCACUACGGCUUCAGCUCCAGCUACCUUCAGAAAGUGAUCUCCUACUGGAGACACAACUUCGACUGGCAAAAGCAAGUUAACGUCCUGAACAGAUACCCGCACUUCAAAACCAACAUCGAAGGUCUGAAUGUACACUUUGUCCACUGUAAGCCCACUGGAUCCCUGUCUGGGCAGAGUGGGAAACCCUUGAUGCUGCUGCACGGCUGGCCUGGAUCUUUUUCUGAAUUCUAUUGGAUGCUGCCUCUCUUGCUGGCCAAUCAGGAUGACUUGGCGUUUGAGGUCAUCUGCCCUUCCAUUCCUGGCUAUGGCUACUCUGAUGCCCCAGAAUGUGAAGGAUUCGACACUCUGGCUGCAGCUCGAAUCUUUCUGAAGCUGAUGGAACGACUGGGCUUUUCCAAGUUCUACCUGCAGGGCGGCGACUGGGGCUCCAUCAUAGCCACCAACAUGGCUCAGAUGAAGCCAGACAGUGUGAAGGGCCUCCACCUCAACAUGUUUCCUGUGACCAAUGUAAACCCGGUCAUCCUGGUGUCUCUGCUGUUGGGCUCCCGCUUCCCCUCUCUGGUGGGUUUCAGUCAGAAGGACGUGAAGCUCCUGUACCCCUACAUGCAGAAGAACAUCUUCUCCAUGCUGAAGGAGACCGGCUACCUGCACAUCCAGGCCACCAAACCAGAUACAGCAGGCUGUGGGCUGAACGACUCCCCGGUUGGUCUGGCUGCGUAUAUACUGGAGAAGUAUUCUGGCUGGAACGACUCUCAGAACGUACAUCUUCAGGACGGAGGACUUGAAAGGAAGUUCAGUCUGGAUGAUCUCCUCACUAAUGUCAUGAUCUACUGGACCACUGGCUCCAUAGUGUCUUCAAUGCGUUUUUAUAAAGAGAACUUCAAAGGGAGCCUUCUGAAAAGGGUGGACGCCAGGGCGAGUGUACAUGUGCCCACCGGUUUGGCUGCCUUUCCAGAAGACCUGGUCCACUGCCCGCCCCUGUGGGCUCGCCAGAAAUACAGGAACGUUGUGUCCUACUCCUACAUGCCCUGUGGAGGACACUUCGCCGCCCUGGAGGAGCCCCAGCUUCUAGCUGAUGAUAUCAGGCAGUUUGUGAUCAAAGUGGAGGCUUUAAAGAAGUAGAUAAUGUAAUAAAUAUGGAUACAAUAUGAGGCCUUAUGAGAUCAUUUUAAUUUAUAGUUUUUGAGUCAUUAUCAAAAUACUGUGCCUUGAUUUUCAAUAUUCUGUCAAUUGCUAUUCAUGAAUGAUCAUGCACUAGACUUUAGGGAGCUUCAGGUAAAUCCAUUAAUAUAUGGUCAGAUAUUAUCAACCAAUUUAGAUUUUCUUUCGUAACAGGCUUCUUCUUAAAAGAAGAAUUAUGUUUAUUUUUCUGUUGUGGUAAUACUGUGCAUAUGGUCUAUGUAUGUGUUUCACAUUAUUCACUGUACGUCCCACUGCUCAUCUUUCCAACAAACAAAAGGUUGUAUAUAAAAAAAGUAUAUAAAAUAUAAAAUACUGUGGCUUUUGGCCCUCCAACCUAUUACCUAGUUUAAUCACUUUUUACCUUUACUUUUCUUGCCAGAAAUUUAAAAAAUAAACAAAAAACAGUCAACAGAGAUAUGAUGGAAAGUAUAUCUAUGAAUUAUAUUAUAUAAGACAUGUUGCUUUUUUCUCUCAUUUAUAUUGAUAUAUAAAACUUAGCCAUUAAAAGUAUAACAUUGAAUUAGUUUAAUUAGUAUAUGUAUAACAUGUAUAAUUAUCUCAUAAAAACAAUACAAUAUACAGCUCUGGAAAAAAUAAGAGAGCACUUAUAAUGAAAAAAAAAAAAAAAAUGAAAAUUGUUUCUUUGAUUUUACCAAAUUGAAAAUCUCUGGAAUAUAAUCAAGAGGAAGAUGGAUGAUCACAAGCCAUCAAACCAAGCUGAAUUGCUUGAAUUUUUGCACCAGGAGUAAAGCAGCAUAAAGUUAUCCAAAAGCAGAGUGUAAGACUGGUGGAGGGGAACAUGAUGCCAAGAUGCAUAAAAAACUGUGAUUAAAAAACAGGGUUAUUCCACCAAAUGUUGAUUUUUUUCUGAACUCUUAAAACUUUAUGAAUAUGAACUGGUUUUCUUUGCAUUAUUUGAGGUCUGAAAGCCCUAUCUUUUUUUGUUAUUUCAGCCGUUUCUCAUUUUCUGUAAAUAAAUGCUCUAAAUUACAAUAUUUUAUUUGGAAUUUGGGAGAAAUGUUGUCUGUAAUUUGUAGAAUAAAACAACAAUGUUCAUUUUACUCAAACGUAUACCUAUAAAUAGCAAUAGCAAAUAGCAAAUGUAUGUAUCCAAAAUAAUCAAUACGUUUCUGUUAUCGUUAAUAAAUAUUAAAUGUGUCUCA